CCCCUCUAGCCGAGAAGCACGAGAGGGCGGACAGACUUCACCCCAAGCCCUGUCCCCUUCGGGACAGUAAACUCGUCCCGGAGAGAGGGACAUCCACUGAGCCCCAGUGUGCCUUGCCCUCAGGGCACCUGGGCGCAUGAAAACUCCUGGAAAGGAGACCAUGCCCCCCAAAUCUCUUUGCAACCUCUCCCAGCCGGCGGGCGCCAACCGGAGCGGCUUCGUUCCAGGGGUGUCGGAGAGGGAUUUCCUGCCCACCCCCGACGCGACCACCGCGGAGUUGGUGAUCCGCUGUGUGAUCCCGUCCCUCUACCUGCUCAUCAUCACGGUGGGCUUGCUGGGCAACAUCCUGCUGGUGAAGGUCUUCAUCACCAACAGCGCCAUGAGGAGCGUCCCCAGCAUCUUCAUCUCCAACCUGGCCGCCGGAGACGCGCUGCUGCUGCUCACCUGCGUCCCGGUGGACGCCUCGCGGUACUUUUUCGACGAGUGGAUGUUCGGGAAGCUGGGCUGCAAGCUGAUCCCGGUCAUCCAGCUCACCUCCGUGGGGGUGUCCGUGUUCACUCUCACGGCCCUCAGCGCCGACAGGUACAGAGCCAUUGUAAACCCCAUGGACCUGCAGACAUCCGGGGCGGCGCUGUGCACCUGUGCCAAGGCGGUGGGUAUCUGGGUGCUCUCCGUGCUCCUGGCAGUUCCCGAAGCCGUGUUUUCGGAAGUGGCGCCCGUCGGUGGCGUGGAAAACGGCAGCUUCACAGCGUGUAUACCCUACCCUCAGACGGAUGAAUUACACCCGAAGAUUCACUCAGUGCUCAUCUUCUUGGUCUACUUCCUCAUACCGCUUGCUAUUAUUAGCGUUUAUUAUUAUCAUAUUGCAAAGACCUUAAUUAAAAGCGCACAUAACCUCCCUGGAGAAUACAACGAACAUACCAAAAAACAGAUGGAAACACGGAAACGCCUGGCUAAAAUUGUCCUGGUCUUUGUGGGCUGCUUCAUCUUUUGUUGGUUUCCAAAUCAUAUCCUGUAUAUGUAUAGGUCUUUCAACUAUAACGAGAUUGACCCAUCUCUAGGCCACAUGAUUGUCACCUUAGUCGCCAGGGUUCUGAGCUUUUGCAAUUCUUGUGUCAAUCCAUUUGCUCUUUAUCUGCUUAGUGAAAGUUUCAGGAGGCAUUUCAACAGCCAACUCUGUUGUGGGAGGAAGUCCUAUCAAGAGAGAUCAACCAGCUACCUCGUCAGCUCUUCUGCAGUGCGUAUGACAUCUCUGAAAAGCAAUGCUAAGAAGAUGGUGACCAAUUCUGUUUUACUAAACGGGCACAGCGCGAAGCAGGAAAUGGCGUUGUGAUUCUGAAAUACGAGUCAUAUUUUCCUGGUGAAUUUUAUUCAUAACUGGUGCAUGUAUAAACUCCUUUGUUUAAAUAAAAUAGACAAAAUUCAAAAGGUGGAGCUUAAUCACCAGUCAAUAAUGUUUAUUGUGAUUCUUUGUGUGAUUAACUAUAAUUUAUAGUAAUAGCUUAUAUCUGUAACUUCUAGGUAUAUGAUUAAAAGGUAUGAUGGCAUCUGUAUUAUGAAUAGUGAAAUAGAUAUCAUGAAUAUGAUUUACAUUGUGAAUGUAAAGUAGGUGUCAUAUAUCCCUAAUGGUAAAAUUUUGACCCAGAAAGUGACAUGGUCUGUAUCCAUUACUAAAUCCUUGAAUAUUUGGAUGAUUCUGUACAGAUAAGAUUUGUGUAAUGCUGGUGGGUUCAACCAUCUACACAUCCUGUCUUGCAACAGCUAUCUGAGAAGUGCAUGAAAUCUCACUUACACAAGUUUACUUGAUACAUACUAGUAUCACAGUGUUCUCUGAAUAAAUGUCUUAGGUUUUUCACCAAAAUGCACACAUGGUCUUGAUUAAAUUCUAAAAUAUACUGCUUCUUAAGUUUGUACCAGUAAGUCUAACAUUUGACUUAAUAUGUCUCAUACUAUUUCUUUUAAUGGAUUUGAUGAGUAGAAAACUCCAUUAAUAUACUAAGUUCUUUCUUAAA